AUGAUUACACGAUGCGACAACUGUAUCCAUAGUAGACUCAGUGAAAUAGCAAUUGCGGUGAAGAUGCCGUAUAGCCAUAGAUUGACAAAAAGACCCUAUGCAGCUUUACUAUAUCUUUAUUCUGAUUCUAAUAUUAUUUAUUUCAGUAUAUUAGGUUAUAUUUAUUAA